AUGUAUCCUCGACAGCGAAGUUCCUGCGAAACAUGCCGGGCACGGAAGCUCAGGUGCUCAGGCGAAAAGAGCGGUUGCUCUCGCUGCCGAGGCUCAAGAGUGCCUUGUAAAUUCAAAGACAAAGGAGCCCCUGGAAGGCCGAGAAAGCGUGCACGGCAAGAAGAACCAGAUCUCGAUUUGCCGGACGGAGACGACCAAAUAGGAUCCUCAAGCUCCUCACAUUUAUCGGCUGUCGUUUCUCACUCGGCCUUUGCUCAGAAUGACGCCGGCAAUACAAUAGUGGGAGCCGGUGAGUUCGACUCAUUACCAUACGAGCUAUCCGGGAACUGUGGAUUCGAUUCCUGUCACUGGGAGACGCUCGGGAACGGUGACAUUUAUCCCUUCCCAAUUGAGUUAUUGCAGACAGAACGACGUAACGGAUUGCAAGACCCUGAGAUAUCUCCAAUAGCCUUGGAUACAUACGUCUCUCCCAUGUCAUUCUCACAGUCUUGUAAAUGCGACGAAGAGGUCUCCGAUCUAGUCCGGAAAUUGAGCCGCGCGAGCGUGUCACACAGUAUCGUCCCGAUGUUUCGCACAGGGUUGUCCCUCACGGAGAGGCUACUGAUCUGUCCUAUGUGCUACGAUGUAUCCAAACCGCCUCGAGUGACCGUUCAAAAUGUGCUCCUUAUUGGCCAGCUGAUGUUCGAAAUAACAUCCGGCUAUCAAACGUACAUCCGCUGGCUGAAUAAUCACUGUGCUGAGCUCGAUACCAGCAACGAGACCAAAACCAUCUAUAUUGGCGUCCCAUCUGAACUGAAUUUACAAAUCAGCGGUGAAAAGCUCCGAGACCUUGUCGUGCACGGCCUCCAGAUGGAUAUCGAAAAGCUUUUGGAGUUGGGUGAACAGUUUGCGCAGCGGCAACGUGAUCGCCAUAUGGUGGGCCAUGAAGCUUGCCCCGAUUCUGAAGGCCGUUGUCGGACAAAGGAGGAGGCUGUUGAUCAUGAUCCACUCGAUCUCUGCCCGCACGAUCCGGUAGCGCGGAAGUUGGUACCUUGUUUUCGUAUCGUUGAUGAGGUCAGCGGGAUGAUCAAGCAAGUUGCAGAUGCCGUUGUGUAA